CGAUGGGAAAAAGUUGCACUGGAGUUCAAGCGUGGUGUCCUGUUGCGUGAUCUCCCGCAGCUAUCCUCAGGAAGCAACCAUCUCUAUUCACCGAGCAGCCCCUGAGCGCCACAGACAAGUGCGCUGCGCUGUGUUACAUCUGGAGGGGGAGAAACAACAGCAGGAAUAAAACGUCUUUCAUAUUUUAUAUUUGAAGCCCACUUAUUGCAUCGGAGUCACCAGAGAUGAUGAAUUUUAUCCUCAUCUGCCUGCUAUGUGGAUUGUACGGUGUUCUUGCAAAAGAUAAAGAUCAAAAGGGGAAGUACAGCGUCCCUAUUCUGGAUGUGAAAACCCGGCAGCUGGUCCUGAACGCCAACCAGACACUACAGCUCAGCUGCAGGGGUCGCUGGGAGCUGACAUGGGCGUUCCCAUCAGGUUUGGCCAAAGAUCAGGUGCAAGUAGGGGAGUCUCGCUGUGGGAGGACAAACCAGCAAUACUGCAGCCAUGUGACAGUCAGCCGCAGCCAGGCCCAGCACACUGGCCUGUUCCGCUGCAGAUACCGGCACCGAACCCGAAAACAGACCUCCAUCUAUGUAUAUGUCACAGACAGCCAGCAGCCAUUUGUGGAACAUCCAGGUAUGAGCCCAGACGUGGUGUACAUGAAGGAGAAGCAGCCGCUGGUCAUCCCCUGCCGGGUCACCCACCCUAAUGCCACCACCACACUGGUCAAGUUCCCCAACCACAGUCUGAGUCCAGACCAGAGGAACAUUCUUUGGAACAGCAAGCAAGGCUUCACCAUCCGAACUCCCACCUUCUAUUACAUUGGCCUCUUCUACUGCCACACUAUAGCUGACGGCGUCACACACAAGUCACGUAUAUAUUUUGUACACAGACCAGUGAGUAACAUCAUGGAGGUGUAUCUGAACAGCAGUGGUCCUGUGCAGGCCCUGAAGGGAGAGAGACUGGUCUUAAACUGCACUGCCACCGGGGAGUUGAACACCAGAGUCAACAUCACCUGGGACUACCCUGGAAAGAAUAACAACACCGGCUCCACUUCCAAGAGGCUCCUGAAACACAGAACGCACAUGUUGUUCUACAAUAUUCUGACCAUCCCGAAGCUCCAGCGUUCAGACCGAGGCCUCUACACAUGCCGCGUCACCAGUGGUGAAAAAAACAAACAACAGAAAGUGACUGUUACUGUCUAUGACCGUCCAUUUAUUCGCCUGAAGCCCAGACACGGAUCUGUGAUGGAGGUACAGGCGGGACAGAAAUCUUACCGAAUCUCUCCCAAACUACGAGCGUUCCCCGCCCCUGAAGUCAUCUGGUUGAAGGAUGGCAUGGUGGCAGCAGAGCAAUGCUCCAGAUACCACAUGGAUGGUAAUUCCCUGGUGAUCCGGGAUGUAGCAGAGGAGGAUGCUGGGAAGUACACUGUCCUGGUACGGAUCCAGGAACAUGGACUCUACCAGAAUGUCACGCUCACACUUGUGGUCAAUGUGAGUCCUCAGAUAGGGGAGAAAGCAGUGUCGUUGCAGGACCCGGGCUCAGUCCCACGGGGGAGCAGACAAACCCUUCACUGCACAUCCCACGGGGUCCCUCCUCCACACAUCCAGUGGCUCUGGCAUCGCUGCCCGUCCAAAGGCCUGUGUGUGUGUCCAACGUCCUCCUCACUAUGGAGCCCUGUGACAGAGAGAGUCCCCGUCACGUCCACAAGCAACCACAUCCUGAGUGUUACGCACAGACAGGAAGUGCUUCAGGGGAAGAAAAGGACGGUGGGGGUCCUGACUGUGGCAGAGGCGUUUGUGUCUGGAGUGUAUCGCUGCAUUGCCUCCAACUCUGCAGGCACAGACCAGCUAGAUGUUUACUUCUACAUCACAGACGUCCCAGGAGGCUUCAGUGUGAGCCAGAGGGAGGAACCUAGAGAGGGUGGAGACCUUCAUCUAACCUGUGUAGCCAAUAAGUACCUGUACAGUGCAUUGUCAUGGCAACGAGUGAACGACACAGAGGAUGCCCAAUAUCGCAGCCCAGCCCUGAGUAGUCAGCAGCUCACAUCAGGGGAGUUCUCCAACUCUCUGGUCCUGUUGCUAAGCAACCUGACAGCCAGAGACUCUGGAGCCUACAGAUGCUCCGCCCGCCACCUCAUCACCGGACAGGAGACACACCUGGACACACAGGUGGUGGUCACAAUUUUGGAGCCUCCAGUGCUGCUUAAUAAUUUGACAGAUUGUACUAUCAACGUCAGCAGCUCAGUGAUCCUGAGCUGUCCCUCUGAAGGCGUCCCAUCCCCAACCAUCACAUGGUACAAGGAUGAACGCGCCCUGUCUCAGGGAUCAGGUAUUGUGAUAUCACCAGAAGAUGGGACCCUCCAUAUUGAUCGAAUCACAGUGGAGGACCAGGGCCUGUAUACGUGCCAGGCCACCAAUGAGAGGGGAUCUGCAGAGAGCUCUGCCUAUAUAUGGGUCAACGGUGCCUCAGACUCCUCAUUUCUGGAAAUUCCCACACUCACCUGUACCUGUGUGGUGGCUACUCUCUUCUGGCUUUUGCUCACACUCUUCAUACGCAAACUGAAACAGCCCAACAGCUCAAACACCAAACCAGAGUACCUGUCAAUCAUUAUGGACUCAGGAGAAGGGCCAAUAGAGGAGCAGUGCGAGAGACUGCAAUACGACCCCAACCGAUGGGAGUUCCCUCAGGAGCGGCUCAAAUUAGGGAAACCUCUGGGCCGUGGAGCCUUUGGUAAGGUGAUGCAGGCAUCUGCGUUUGGUAUAGACAACGGCACCAGCUGCAGAACUGUGGCUGUUAAGAUGCUCAAAGAGGGAGCUACAGCCAGCGAACACAAAGCUCUGAUGACUGAACUGAAGAUCCUCAACCACAUUGGACAUCAUCUGAAUGUAGUCAACCUAUUAGGAGCCUGCACCAAACCAGGAGGACCACUGAUGGUCAUUGUCGAGUACUGUCGCUAUGGAAAUCUCUCUGCCUUCCUGAAGAGCAAGAGAGAGGUGUUUGUGCACAUCAUGACGGUUGGAGGAAAGGAUGGGGGGCCAGGUAAUGUCGGCAGCGUGUCUGACAGCCAGAGCAACAUUAGAACAGAGUUUGACGAGAGAGACGAGAAAGACAAUCACCUCGAUCCCAAAUCUGCCUCCAACUCUCCUUUAUUCCUGGAGGAUCUCAUCUCCUUCAGCUUCCAAGUGGCACGAGGAAUGGAGUUUCUGGCCUCUCGCAAGUGCAUUCACCGAGACCUGGCAGCCAGGAACAUUUUGCUUUCUGACAAUAAAGUGGUCAAGAUCUGUGACUUCGGCCUGGCCAGAGACAUCUACAAAGAUCCCGACUAUGUCCGCAAGGGAGAUGCCCGCCUCCCUCUGAAGUGGAUGUCUCCAGAGUCCAUCUUUGACAAAGUGUUCACCACCCAGAGUGACGUGUGGUCCUACGGCAUUCUGCUGUGGGAGAUCUUCUCUUUGGGAGCUUCCCCAUACCCUGGUCUUCACAUAGAUGAAGAGUUCUGCCACAGGCUGAAGGGGGGAACAAGGAUGCGAGCGCCUGAAUACAGCACACCUGAGAUUUACAGCACGAUGCUGGCAUGCUGGGAGGCCAGUCCCUCAGAUAGACCCACAUUCACUCACCUGGUGGAGACCCUGGGAGACCUGCUGCAAGCGCGGGUUCAGCAGCAGGAUGGGAAGGAUUAUAUUCCUCUGGGAUCUUUCAUGACUGGAGACACUGGUCACAGUGAGACCUUCAAAGAAAACUCGCUUGCAGUCACAAACCUGAGUUACAUGAGGGGUAUGGCCACACUUCAGACGUUUGAGGAACUGCCCUGCCAGGAGCCAGACAGCCCGGAUGAUGAGCAGAGUGACAGCGGCAUGGUCCUGCCGUCUGAGGAGCUGAAGCAUCUGAUGUGGAAUAACAGCACCAAGAACAGGAAACUCAGCAGGUUCUUUGCCUUCACUAAGUGCCAGGACAACCAGGUGCCUUUCCUGGGCAAUGACAUCACAGGUCUCCGUGACGACAAGCCAUCUAUCUUGCCAUGUGAUUGGGAGUCUGAUGAGGGUGGCUCCCCUCCUCCGGACUACAACUCUGCUUUUCUUUACCCCUCCCUCUAGCAUCUGCCCUUGCCUAUCUCUGACAACUUUACACAGAAUAUAUAUAUAUUACCCUGCUCGUCAUUUUUACUCAGUCAGAACCUAUUCUGCUUUGCAACUGUGCUGUUUGCAUCCUCUACCUCAUUAUAAUAUCUGCAUGUAUUCUUCUGUCCUCUUCCUCUCACAGAUGUUUUUCCUUAUAAAACAUUUCUCUACAUUAGACACAAAACACCUCUUUGCUUUUCUUCAUGUUCCAAAACCAUAUGCUGUUGUACAACAAAGCCUCUUCAGUAUUACCAAGUAUUAUCUUGCAUUACCACACAUAACCCCAUCCAAGAGCAGCUAAGUAUUACUUGGUAGUACUUAUCACGUGCAGUUAUGCAGAAUGUAUUUACUGACCUACAACUAUUAGUGCUUAAUGUAUUGGUACCUCAUGUGCUGAGCUUUGUGAAGAGGAACACUGCUGUAUGAAAUAAUUGUUUCUCCUACAUGGCUACUAUUAGGCCUGUCACGAUAAUUACUUUUGUUGGACGAUAAUAUUGUCCCAGAAAAAAUUGCGAUAAACGAUAUCAUUGUCAUUUUAAGACCAUUUUAUGCCACUGAUAUAAUGAUUAUAUAAUAGAAUUAUAAUGCAAGUGCACCCUUUCAAAGAGCAAUGACCUUUUAAGCUGCCUGAGCCCAGCCCACGGGGAAACUCGUACAGAGAGCAGAUGAUGAGAGGAAAGAAGCAGCGCAACCUGAAAUGACAGCAAAACUUGUCUCUGACUCAGCAUAGUUUCCUUCUGUUACAUUCAGCUUAGGCACUGUGAAAAAAAGACUUGGUGACAUUCUUAUCCAAAUAAACAUGCAUGUAAACACAACGGGCAAUAUCGUACGAUAUAUGGACAUAACCUCAAUCAUUUUUGCUGACCUCGAUAAGUCGAUAAAGGAAUUAUUGUGACAGGCCUAGUUACUAUAUGCUGGAAAAAAAAAUGUUAUUAGCCACUGAAAAUACAGGAUGUAUCUAUAUUUAUUUUAAUGCUGUAAUCAUUUCAUGGAUGAGUCACUUGUUAAUCAUCUCUGUGCCUUAAAUAUAAUAUUUGUAUCACAGCUAUUUAAAACUAAUGCAGUCUAACACAACAGCCCUGCAAUAAAAUUGACUUAAUGCAGGUUAUAAUGUUCAGUUCAGUUGAAACUGUUUUAGAGAGGUGCUAAUUAAAAUAUUAGAAACACCAUACAGUUGAAUCAUCUCUCUAAAACUGUUUCAACAAAAACAUUCUAACAUUUUUGAACAUAGGCUUAAUUGCCGUUGUAUUAGACUGCAUUGGUUUUAGCUACACAUACCUAAUAAACUGGCACCUGAGCGUAUAUUUAAUUCUUUAUUAAGUAUCCUUUGAUAUAGAAUCAAGUCAUUCAGAAUUGACAAAAACGUAUAUCUAUAUUUUCUCAUGCUGUUUUUUGCUAUAUAUUUUUAUUUACAAAAAAUAUUGAAUGCAUGAAGAUCAAUUAAGUGUAGUGUAUUUCCCCUCCAUCAAUUCCUUUUCCCCCCAAACCAUUAGCACUGAAAUGAUUAGUCAAUAGACAGAAAAUUAAUUGGCAACUAUUUUGCUAAUCGAUUAAGUUAUUUUUCAAGCAAAAAUACCAAACACUCCCAAGUUCCAGCUUCUCAAUUGUGAGGAUUUGCUUUUCUUUGUCUUGGGUAGCAGCCAAUUAUUUUGGGGGUUUGGACUAUUGGAGAGACAAAACAAGACAUUUGAAUACAUCAACUUUUUUUUCCUGACAAAAUAUAGAUCAAACGAUCGCGGCAGAUAAAUCGUUAAUGAAAACAAUCAUUAGUUGCAGUCCUACAAAACAUAACACCAACGGAUACAUCCACAAUACUGGCAUCUAACCCACUUUUAACUCAAGAUCUAUAUACACCUGGUAUUAACAUGCAAUCUGUCUGGAUUGUGAAAUCUGAUCACUGAACUGCAUUUACAUGUUUUUUGUUAGAUACAGACUGCAUGUUAAUCCAUUUUAAAUGUGGUCAAAGUGACUAGUAGAAAAGAAUAGACAGAUUAAGACUCGUGAUACAGCCAUCUCAUUCUGCAAUUGAGCAAGGACUACAUCUAAAACUUUUCUAGUAUUACAAAAAACAAACUUUGACGUGCAUUCUAUGUGCUUGUAUUUUCAGUUUUAAAGAUGAUUAAUCGUUGAAGAUUGUAAUUAAAUUAAUUUAGUAAAAUCCAACCCAUAUGACUUUUGUUCUAUAAACAUGUUUUAAAUAUUUCAUUUUUAGCGGUAAUGUCCCCAUUUGACAAAAAGACAAGAUCCUGCAUGUAUCAGUUUUGGUAUUCUUUAUUAAAAUACUGCUGUACACACAAAUAUUGCAAAAUUUGAGACAAUGAACACAAGAGGGGCAUAAAACAUACCAAGAUGGUGAUUGUAGGUGUGUUGAUGUGAAAGAGGAGAAGAUGGUCAUCACUAAUAUUAACUGGAGUGUGUGUGUGUGUUAUGAUGUGGUAGAUAGUGAUACGAGCACUGACAUUGUGUUGGCCGAGUUGGGGGUGUGUGUGUGUGUGUGUGUGUGUGUGUGUGCGCCUCUGAAGGUGUGUGUCUCUCUGUGUGUGUGUUUUGAGGGUUUUCUAAAGCACCACAUUCACCAAAUAUGUUUUGUCUGUUCAUUUCACUAAAACAGAGGAAGUAAUACAUGAUCUAACACAGCCAGCUCCCUGCAGGUUUGUUGCCCCCAAGUACAGACUGAUCGACUUCCAUGACAACUCUGACAGGUUUACAUAAAGCCGACUGCAACCAAGACACGGUCCUCGUUUAUGCCUUUCACCUUGACUUGUCUCUUAACUGACAGCGCGGUUCAUACAUGUGACCCUGUUUUUCUUCAGUCUUAUGUUUGUACAAAUUCGUCAAAAGCUACUGAGAACAAGACAAAGGCAGAGGAAUCAAGAACAGUAGUUUGACAGAGCUUGGAUUCAUCUCUUUACCUGGGUGAAGCAGAUCUGCACCAAAUUCAGUCAGUCAAUUUGAAGAACAAGAGAUUUGUUUCAUUAACGAAAUAUGAACUGUGCUUAAGGGCAACAUGAAAUCCCUCACAGCAUGAUCUCCACAAUGCUGUUACUUUCCUAAAACCUCAAUCUGAAGACGUCCCCACCCACUCCACUGUAGCUCAUCUAUCUGACUGGACAGGGGGCGGCCAAUGACAGCCAAACACAUUCAAUCAUUGGGCCACUCCAGCUGUUUGUCAUCCUGAGAGAAAUCCAAGCCAUCUGAGUGAGUGCAAUAGCCAGUGCCACUGUUUUGUCUCCAGCACGUUUGUGUGUCAUGAUCUUUAAAAGUCAAAUAAAACCAACACAAACAAAAUUAACUGUUGGUGCCCUGUUCCUAUUCUCUCCUUCGCCCUCCAUCCCUUCCCAUUUCCCUAUACCCCUGCUGGAAUUGGUCCACAGAAUAAUAAAGAGUUGAAUUGAGGCAAAAAUUAAUUGCCCUCCCACUCAUGCAUUCCUGCGCAAUAUCUUAGCAAAGAGAAAAACCAGCUAGG